AUGGAAAAAUCUAACAAUUCUUCCGGACAUGAAGAAGACAAUUCCUGUGAGCUACCAAAUUUCUAUCGCAAGUUAAAAGUUGGGCCUCCAGCUAAGAGAUUGCUAAUUUACUGCGAGCAGGAGUUGAAUCAGUUGGUUGAACAUACACUCGGAGACGGACCAAAAAGACUACAAACUGGUCUGCAUCAACCUUUCGAGUGCCUGGCGGUAACGGAUGCAUUAACUGGUCUCCUUGUCCAGCCAACCCUUAUUAUCUGUAGAAUUUACCAGCUACUUGGUGGGAUAAAUACUGACAUUGUUUGUCCUCUUCACCUUCUCCUUAUCACGGCAGUUACUCUUUCGUCGGCUCUCCAUUUGAUGUUAGUCACUUGUGAGAGGUUAAUAGCCAUCAAAUAUACCAUGGCAUAUCCUUAUCUCGUAACAGCGCGGAACAUUAGGGUGGCAGUAACAUCGUCUUGGGUUCUCGCUUUAUGUUGUUCAAUCCUUAGAAGGCCAUUACCCAAUCUGUUAUUUAAUGAAGUUAAGGGAAAAAAAAUUGGCAAGAUGGUAGUGUCCAUCGUCAUGAUUUCUUGCAUUGUUUUCAUGACGACGUCUUACACGAUUUUGUACAAGAAAGCGGCUCAUCAGCAAAGUAAAAUCAAAGUUCAACAGCUACCCCAAGAAGAGGUGGAAAGAUUUGUCAAGGAGAGAAAAGCACUUAAGACAACUGUUUAUGUGGUCGGCGCUGUUUUGUUAUGCUUUUCACCGGGGGCUUUAUCAUUUGUGUCUUUUAUAGAGAAACAGAAUACUGCUUAUUUGACGCCAUACUGUGAAUCUUUCAUUGAUGAGCCAGCAUUGCAGCAAGGAGAUGUCCAAGCAGCAAAUCUCGACAUAGAAGAAACCGAGAUGAAGGGUGAAGAAGAUGGAUAUGAAGACAAUGGCGAAGUCCAUGGUACUUUUCCAGACGAGCUGGUCCCUCUGAGGCUAGCAGAUCGUCAAGCAGAGCCAUCAAGCAGAGAUAAGGAAAGAAGAGACUGGGUGUAUAGCGAAGACUUUAGUGACGAUGGUUAUGAGGAAUACAAUGGUGAAUUCCUGAAAGAUUCAGAAUCGGUGGUGAGUGAUGUCGCCGAAGGAGAACCUGCGGAAGGUGAAGAUUUUGCUGAAGAGAAAUUCAAUGGUGAUGUUGGCACUUAUGAAGAGACUGAUGACUGGAAUGUAGCUGGAAACUCUGAAACAGUUGGUGGGGAUGUUAGAAAAGAUCUUGCUGAUGCAGAAGGCAAGAGCAGAACAACAGGUGAGGACGCGAUCAAGACCAACGACCAAAGAAAGAAGGCUAGAUCUUGUAAGCCCCAAUGGCGAACAAGGCUUGUGCAAUGCCGCAGAGGACAGUGGUACAACCCCGCUAGGCAAAUAUGCUGCCGUGGUCGCAUAAACAACAAGAUUGGGGUGCGAGUAUGUAUCGUCCGGAUUUCUUGCAUUGUUUUCAUGGCGACGUCUUACGCGAUUUUGUACAGGGAGGCAGUUCUUCAGCAAAAUAAAAUCAAAGUUCAGCAGCUACCCCAAAAAGAGGUGGAAAGAUUUGUCAAAGAGAGAAAAGCACUUAGGACAACCGUUUAUGUAGUCGGCGCUGUUUUGUUAUGCCUUUCCCCAGGGGCCUUAACAUUUUUGUCUGUUUUAACAGACAAAAAAGGAGAACAGAACAAUACUUAUUUGGCGCCGUGGGUCUGUAUGUUUGUCACGUUGAACUCUCUCCUCAAUCCACUGAUUUACUGUUGGCCACAGAAAGAAAUGCGUCAGUUUGUAUUCUUCUAUCUAGCUUUAGCGGCUGUAAAUGAAGGGAACGAAAUAGUUCACCGCUAAAACGUGACAAUUUCCAUAAAUGGACGCGUAUAAUUUCCCUGUUAACAGAAUAAGCAGAUUCUGGGAACACUUCCAAUAAUCUAGAUUUCCGUUGGAAACCAACCGAGUGGCAAUCUCACUCUCCCGAAGAACAGUUUUGUGCGACUUACAUAUUGUUUUAAUUUCUUAAUGUGGUUAUGCUGAGAAUAAACCAAUGGGUUUGGUUGAUACUGUUACAGCCUCGCCCGCCUUCGUGGGUAUUGUAAUUUUAUUAAAUUUAGAUUUCUUAUCAGAUUUUUUUGGUAGAUUUUGGGUUGCGCCUCGCAUGGGAUACUUUUCCCUUUUGCGCAAUCCCUUUUUGGUCUUUUUAUUUCUACUAUUGAUUUACUAUAUAUGUAUAUAGUUAACUUAUGAGACAAAUAAAGUUAAUAGACUAGACUAGACUGACUAACCUUUAAUUUGGUUACGAGAGAGUGGUUACUACUUAGUGUACGCCCUCCGCGCCAACUGCAGCUUGUUAGCCGAGUCGUUUGAGAACUGUUUACACAGACCUUGAAAAUGUAAAGAAAGUAGCAGAUAAAUGACGGUUCAGUCAGGCAAUCGAACUUUUCUCAGAGAGCAGGUCGGGCGGUGUCGAGCACGACUCGCAAGACAUGCUGGUGAUAUUUUCUAGUGAGCUCAUUUCCAUCUGAUAGUCGAAAGGCAAACAUCUCCUGAAAUGAGAUUGCAAUAUCAGGGUCCCUUUAAUGCUAAAAGAAAUCUCGGAAGAUAUCCAAAUGACAAAUGACAGCCGUAAAUAUCCUCUGCUGGAUAUUCAUAAUGCAGCCAUUUCUUUGCAGUACCUUCAAUCUGUACGGUUUAAUUUAAAAUUCCUCUUCCACUGCUAAAAGAGAGACAAGGCCGAGCAUUGAUUUCCGGAGUGCUCGCCACUCGAAGCGAAUGAAUGAAAGAAGAGAUGUUGAGGUUCCAUGCCAAUUCACUCGCUACGCAAUUCCAACCACAACGCCUUCGCUACGAAAACUUUAUUUCGAGAGGCUCGUCCAAACCAUCGUGGACACUUUCACGUUUCGCAUAGUACGUUGGGUAACCAUAAUUAGCCCGACGAGGGUGGUCAGAAUCGAUUUGUCGACAGCCAAUGGCAGUGGAAACCCACACAACGAUAACUAUCCGAAAUCGCGUUAGAUCGGCCUGAGGAGCUGGCAAACAACA